AUGCAGCCUCCUCCGUAUGGAGCGCCGCCUCCGCCGCCGCCACACUAUGCCCCACAAGGACAUGCUUAUGGGCAUGACCCCUAUGGGCGGCCGGAGUUCCAUGGGAGCCAGCCAGGCUACUAUGCCGGCCCAGGUUACAGCCAGUACGAUUAUCGCCAGCAGAGCACCUACGGUGAGCGCAACGUAGAGUAUGGCAGUGGCUUCAAUGAAGGCCACAGAGAAGGCCGGCCGAGGGACCAUGGAAGCAAGGGCAACCUCGGCGAUUGGUUUGAAGGCCACGCGGGCGAUCGUCGGGAUCACCAGGGCGACUGGGACGGUCGCGAUCGCCGGGGAGGCGAGCGAGGUGACCGGCCGGAGCGGGGCGAGCGGGACAGAGAUCGGCGAGACAGAGAACGCCGCGACAGAGAUGAUCCCUAUCAUCCCGAGGACUAUAGUACCGAUCGAGCUGGAUACGCUACUGCUCGGGAUGAUGACAGGAGAGAAUCAGACCAUAGAAGAGGUGGCCAUGAAGGCCGUGGCGACCCGCGGCCCGCAAAAGGCGGCGGCAAGGGAGGCCGCGGUCGGGGCGGCGGAGGUGGCGGAGGUGGCGGAGGUGGCCAGGGCAGCCGGGAGCUGGCGCAGUCGAGGAGCCGUAGCCGCCGGCGCUCCAGCUCAGGGUCCUCUUCGGGGGCCUCGCAGCAGGAGAAGAAGCGCAUGCGCAAGGCUGCGGGCUUCGACUGCGUCACGAAGCCGCGCCAGCAGGGCAAGGUCCCCACCGAGGCUGCUCCGCAGAGAGGCCUUGCUGUGGCGCCCGGGCGCAAGGCUGACGUUCACGGCCUCAAAGGUGCCUCUCAGUACAACGGCUGUGAGGGCAUUGUCAUCGAAGGGCCGAACGACAAAGGACGCUGGGAAGUGCAGGUGGACUACCAGUGUGAAACCAAAACGUCUGCACCUUGGUGA